AUGGAGGAAGAAUCGACCGGCUCGGCGGUCGUGAGCCGACUGCUUGGUCCGGUCUGGCCUGGUGGAACGCUUCGGGGGCAGAGUGCACGAGCGGAAUGCUUAUUGCCGAUCGGCGGAGCCGAGCCGAGCCGAGCCGAGUUCGAAGGCGGUCGCGCCUGCGUCGCCGCGGUAUAACUCGCUGAUUUCGCCUGGAGCUUAUUUAUUUCGAACCUGAAACUCGCCGCGACAACCACGUGCUACUACGAUCGCAGCUGUGAGGCAAACUCAGUCGGUCUGUGUCUCCUCCGCUGCGAGUCACACGCGUCGAUCAAGCGCCGAUACGAUCGAGCAGCGACACAGUUGGUCAAAAGGGAAGAGGGAUAAGGAGAACGGUGGAAGAGAGGAGAAAAGGAGUAGCGAAGCGGAGAAAGAAGCGGAAUAGAAAGGAGCAGAUAAUACAUUCGCGUUGCAUGAGCAUCGACGCUCGAGGAGCGUUCUCGAAUUCCUUUUUUACAGAAUCGCCAAGCUCUCUCGGUGCAUCGAACUUCUUCUCGAAACUACGAUCCCCGCGCGGACUCUGCCGAGCCGAACCUAUCGAUUUUCCGUUUAGGACACUUUAAGGGGAGCCUGUUUCAGUGUUGUGCGCGACGAUCGGUUAGCACCAGGAAGAAGAAGCCACCGAGUCUUCAACCUCGAACGAGACCCCGCUGUGAUACCUUUCGUCCUCGAGAUCGUCUUUCUACCGCUCUGUGACCUGUGCUUCGUGAUAACCAUAUUCGUACCUUUACGAGAACAUUUAGAUCCAUUCCCUGAUCGCUGUCACCCGACCUGGCGGGCCCUUUAACCGAGGACUAACGUACCGCGGAUAGUUCACCACGUCGGAGUGCGAUCACGGUGACGCCGAAGGAUUUCCCUAGGAAACGCCUGAUCUGCCAACGCACCUUCCAGAGCCCAUCGGGGAUUUAACCGGGCGUAGAUCGGAGUGACGGAAACGGAUAAAGAAGAGCGGAGGGGAACAAUUCCUGACGCGAUUUCUAGAUUACGCAGGCAUUCCGUGAACAGAAGUUGAUUAACGGCGCGAAGAUAAGCGAAGCGACCUGAAAUAAGGACAUAAAGGGAAGGCACGCGACGAAGAGGAGACAAUCGGAAUCGGAUCGCGUGGGCACGAGAAAGCGAGAAUCGGCUGGAAUCGAGCGUGCAACCGUGGUGAAGAAAGCGAGAAAGAAGUUUCUCGAAGCUUGGUCAGCGCUGAGACUGCUAUCGUUGGUGCCGUAGCUGGUGCUGACUCUCCCAUAAAACCGGAGAGGUAGGGGUUCUGGGUAAAAACGAACCUGGUCGGUCUGUACGUCGUACCUGCAGCUAGGAGGUGCCCGUUGUGUUCGCAUAGGUCGCGGUUCGCGUGACGUAAUUUCGCAUAAAUUUCGACCGGGAUCUCCCGCUCUGUUUUACGCUCCGGUCCACGAGAGCGAACCGUUCGACUCGGAGCAGCUGAAGAUAAAUCUCGAAACUAGCGACCGUAAAUAGCAUCGUCGAGGAUAUUUCUCGACCGAUUUUCCGCUCUCUGGUAAAAGGAUCUCGCGCGUUCUCGCGGAACCUCGAUCCGUCCUAUCGGUGAAGACCUUGGUUUUGAACUUGGGUUUGGACGAGAGAAAAAUUCGCCUGUCCAACGAUCCUUUCUGGGAGAAUUAGCGGUAAUCGUUGGAAAAAGGUUUCCUCUUUCCGUACGACGAAGACGCGCGAGUCGGGCAGGAAGCGUCUGGAUCGAGGAAGACACGGCAGUGGAGUUAAUAACGCGUUCGUUUUCGUCGGAUAAGAUCGGACGAUAAGGUGGAAGCGGCGGAAGCUCGGGCUGCACGAUAUACCUGACGAUACACAAGGAGCGGCGGAAAGGAAACACCGAGACGAGAGGAAGAGAGAAGUUUCUCGAAGCUUGCUUGGCCGCUCGCUGACUCUGCUCUAGAGCCGAGCUGAGACGAAAAGGAGAAGCACGAGUGGCGAGGGACAGGGAGGGAGGAGAGGUCCGUGGAGGCGAAAGAAAGAAGCCAUCGCGGGAGUGCGUCAUCUUGGAGAACGAGGGACAGAGAAGGACAGGAUCGGUGGCGUAUCGUAACGUGGAACAGAUUUAGAAGGCCCACGUGCUCCACUUAGGCCUGCCCCGAUAGAGACUCGGAGCGUAAACUUUACGGGGAAAGAGAGAGAGAGAAAGGUGGAACAGGAUCUACGGGGGAGAAGAAGAGACAGAGUAAGGGUCCGGGGAAGGAGAGGAAGAUUAACGGCGGUGCUUGGAAGCUGAACGAAAGGAAAGAAAGGUCGAAAGCAGCUGGAGAAAAGGCAAAUAGAGGCACGGGCGUGGAAGUUACGUGGAUCAAAAGGUGAAGGAACGGUUGGAAAGGACGGCGUGGGAUUCGAGAGAGAGAAAGAUAGAGAGGACAAGGAGGCACGAGGAUAUACCACUGGUGGCAAGGAUGGCAAAGGGCAAACCGUUAACCGCCCCGGAGCGGCGGACGACCGACGCGUUCGACGAGGAAUCGGUGGCGGUGCGAUCGCGAUGGCGGAAUUUCGCCGCCUUUUGGGUGCUGGGCUUGUGCAACAAUUACGGAUACGUGGUGAUGCUGAGCGCAGCGCACGAUAUCCUCGAGAGCAAAUUCGGCACGACGGAUCCUGGGCGGAAAUUCGAGAACGGCACGAUGAUAACGGUGAACGUAACCGGGGUGCGAUCCUGCAACACGCUCUCCACAGGCGCCAUAUUGCUGGCGGACAUAUUGCCGUCGUUGGCGGUGAAAAUAGUCACCCCGUUCCUGCCGUUUUACGUACAUGCUCGACUGGCUACCUGUGUGUUAUUUUCCGCUGCAGGAUUCCUCGUGGUGUCGUUGAGCACUACUGAAUGGCUCGCCAUUCUGGGCGUCGUUGUAACGUCACUCUCUUCAGGUUUGGGAGAAGUUACUCUGCUGAGUUACAGUCACCAGUACCCAAAACAAGUAAUCGCGACAUGGUCUUCCGGUACUGGAGGCGCCGGAAUAAUUGGCGCGCUAUCUUAUGCCUUCCUCACCACGUGGUUGACAAACGAACAAACAUUGUUAGUUAUGUUAAUCGUACCGAUCAUACAAGGAAUCACUUUCUGGUUGAUUCUGGUACACCCACCGCAGUCCAGUAUCCCGAUCACUAAGAACGGUAUCGACAGCCAAGAGCACAUCAUCGAGGUCCCUAGGAAGAGCUUUAAAGAAAAGAUCAAUCUGGUACCGGGGUUGAUGAAGUAUAUGAUUCCGCUCGGGCUCGUGUACCUCUUCGAAUAUUUCAUUAACCAAGGAUUGUACGAGCUGAUCGAAUUCAAUGGCAUCUGGCUGACGCAUGCCGAGCAGUACCGCUGGCUCCAGGUCGACUACCAGAUCGGAGUAUUUAUCUCGAGAUCGUCCGUCAAUCUCGUUACGAUUAACAAAAUCUGGAUCAUGGCUGUGCUACAGUUUAUCAACGUCAUAAUUCUGCUCUGCGAGACGCUGUUCUACUACAUGCCCAGCGUCUGGCUGGUGUUCGCGUUCGUCUUGUGGGAAGGCCUCCUCGGUGGCGGAGCAUACGUUAACACGUUCUAUCGAAUGUCCACCGAGAUUCCGAGAGCGGACCGUAAGAUUUCCCUGGGAAUUGCCACGAUGGCCGACUCCAUCGGCAUCGCGUUGGCAGGGUGGCUGUCUAUGCCGGUUCACAAUGCCAUUUGCAGACUACCACAACCGGCUAGAGUUGGCAGUUAGGUGGACAAAUGCAGGAUAGUAUUUGACAGCGAUCGUGCGAACAAACACGAGCGUACCGUCAUGCCGUGGUACAUGCGUUAUUUAUUACCGAUAUACUCCUCGAUGCGUUCUCACGGCCUCGAUAAGCGUUGAUAACCGAUAACGUAACGUCGUACGUACACCGUGAUGGCUUCUAGCCGAUAAGCCGUCGUUUUUAUUAGCGAAGCCUAGCGUCGCGACAAUCGUGACUCGAUAGUAUUCGAGCAUCGUUGCGAUUUAUUCGAAUAAUUUUCCAUUUGUCGUUUAAUCUUUCGUCUAGUUGGAAUCACGGACUAUGGUUGCAAUGUGGACCACGGUUCACCUGAGAAAGUGCUAUACCGAUACGUUCCUGACCGAGAAAAUUCAACUCGCUAGGUUAUAAGUUCGAUUGUUCUGAGAUUUAUUUGGUACAAAUAUUUAAAAGACUAGGAACAGGAUUAUCUUGCAGCUGGUUGGAUUUCGUUUCGCUGUGCGUUUUCUUUUUUGAUUUUGUUUGCUGGAAGAAAGGAGAAAGACGAAAAGCGCGACAGACAAAUCAGAAAUUGAACGUAAGACGAGAAGGUGUGUCAGAUCUCGUCUCGAUCUAAGUUUACUCGUCUUCGACAGGAUCGAUUGUCCUGCUCGAGCAUCGUAGCGAUAAUCAUUUGUAAACGCGACUCGAGUUUUCCGACUACGGUUACACGUGUAUAUGCGUUUCAUCGGGCGUUCUUUAGUUAGUAGAUUUUUACGCCGUUUAACGUUGGUCGCUCGAUAACAAGAGCAAUACCAGUAUUUAUAGUUAGCGUAACACAUCGAUCCUCCGCCACGCGUCGUAGGCGGACUCGAUGAACGGAACCAGCGAGUUCGAUUUCUAACACUUCUCUUUCCGUAUACGAACGAUCGGAUACUCGCGUGUCGUACGAAUACCGGUUCGAAAAUACUGGUUACCAGAUAGCCGCUAUUUCAGCAGCUUAUUGAAAAUUUCGUAUUUCGAUCGUCCCUGUAUCAUAGCUCUACACGAGUCGAGUGCUCGUUCACGUUUCCUCUGGAAAUUCCGUGUUUUUGUAAAAAGAGAAUAGAGAAAGAUGGAGCGAAUUUGGCAUCAGGCGCGAAAUUUGAAACAUUCCUCGACAAAGUGGACAACUGUUGGAACUCGUGAUAGUAUUAAUUAGAAGUAUAAUCGAGCCGCAGAGUAAACACGGGAGGACCGGAAGUCUCGACGAACGUUUGUUCGUUGGCAUCGUGAGAGAGGUCCUUUCAUUCAUUCUAACAAAAUAAUUCGCCUUCUCCUAAAUACAUAUUGUAUAUGUGAUACAUCGAUAAUACUGUUUCCUACGUUUACUGAGAUAUAAAUAUAUAUAUAGUAUAUAUAUAUAUAUUUAUAUGCGAGAUAUUAUAUUGUUUACUAAGCCGUAAUAUAUAUAUUUGUCGUUGUAGAAUUGGAACUGCUCGUGACGUGUUCAAAAACGAAUGUUGCGGUUCGCGGUUCUCCCAAUUUUACUUUACCGUAUUUUAUUUUUCUUCCACCCGUUCGUCGCAGGGAAACACAUAAGAGAGAAAGCAAACGAUUGAGUAGAGAAGCGUGGAAACCAGACGAUAUCGAAGGAUUGUUUAAACAUGUAAUGUGUUGUGACUACGUUCGA